CAGCCGCGGCACACGGGAAACGAGCAAAACCGCCAGCUGGCAGGCUGCACGCGCGGCGGCGGGACCGCCGACCGGCCGCGCUGCCUUCAGCCCGCACUCCACGCAACCAGAGCCCGAGCAAACGAUACCGCACGCAACGACACAUACCUGACGAAGCCAAAGCAAAGGAAGCGUCCGGCCGACCGAGGAAAGGCAUGGUGUACAGCAGCGCGUUUCUGGCGGCGGCCGCGCGCGUCCCGGCGGAGCUGUGCCAGCGGCCGGCGCGGCCGGGGCAGCGGAGGCUGCGCGCGGACGAGGUCCUGCGCGCGCUGUUCCUUCCGCCCGCGCGGGAGCUCGGGCGCCUGGUGGACUUCCUCUUCGCCUUCUUCUGCUUGCCCUUGCCGGAAUACUACAUGCCCGGGGCCGGCCGCGGCGUGUGGGUGGCGCGGCCGCCCGGCGCGGUGCUGUACAACUACCGGAGGUCGCUCUCGGUCCCGUCCUCGUCGUCCUCAUCGUCUAUGUCCUCGUCGGAGGAGGACUAGUAAUCACUCGGAGGAAUAACAGAUGUAAAAAGGUUGCAGAAUGCAAUGGCCUUGUGUUUGUUUGCUGUUUAGGUGUGAGUCCCGUGACUCCCGUGUGAUUUUUUUAGAGAAUCGUUUAAGUGUGGCUUUGUUCAUUUAAUUCUUUUGUAAACUCUGUAACCAAUUUUCAAAUUUAAAAACUUUGUAUCCAUGUUAGCAAUAAAUUCAAAUGAUUUUCU